ACCGUCAUCACCCUUCCUCGGCGCGCCCAUUCCUAUCGGAUUCGCACCACUCGAGUCGAUCGUGGAGCGGGGAUAGGUACAAGGCGGGGUUAUAGCAGCAACCGAGCCAUCCGAAAACAGCAAAGAUCGGCAUACCCUCUGACGUUCUCCCGGGUAACAUCCAAGCCAGGGUAGGUAAGAGCCGCAUCAUUGUCACACAGCAGAUCGUUAUAGUCUCGAGACUCAGUCGGAGUACCGGAAUCGUUCGCACAUAAAGUCUAGAUGCAGUAGCUUCUUGUGGCCGCUGCAGCUUGCACACAUCGUACUACGACCCGACGAAGCGAAACAUUACUUAUACGACCAACAUGUCCGAGACAGAAGAAUCGCAACACGACCCUAUCCUGAAGGUAGAAAGCAACAAAGACCUCAGGAUCACUCUCAUUGGCACCGGAACUAUUGGUCUAUCUUUCGCCGCGUUCCACCUGUCACACCUACUUGGCCCUUCUCAGCUCACCAUCUAUGAUACCCGGUCAAAUGUCGAUGAAUACGUCGAGGAGAACCUACCUAAAUUCUUCGCAGAAGAGCCUUCAGCAGCUGCUAUAUCCAAUAUUCGCAUCGCUACAUCCCUCGAAUCAGCCGUGGAAGACGCACAUAUCAUCCAGGAAUCAGGUCCAGAGAAUCUAGCCUUCAAAAAAGAACUAUGGGCCAAUGUAGAGAAACACGCGCCUGAGCAUUCUCUAUUCUGGAGUAGCACGUCCGGAAUACCGGCGUCAGAGCAAGCACAAGACAUGCAGGACAAAUCGAGAUUACUGGUAGUACACCCGUAUAACCCACCGCACAUUAUGCCAUUGCUGGAACUUGUUCCGUCGCCAGAUACGUCAAAAGAGGUCAUCCAACGAACGCAGGAGUUCUGGACUCUCCGUGGAAGAGUGCCAAUACAUAUCAAGAAGGAAACAACGGGCUUUGUGGCGAAUAGACUGGCGUUUGCACUCUUACGCGAAGCAGUUCAUCUUGUCGACGAGGGAGUCGUUUCAGUAGAGGAACUGGAUAGCAUUGUGGAGAGUAGUAUGGGGCCGCGAUGGGCGAUUGCUGGGCCUUUCAAGAGCUAUCAUGCUGGCGGCGGACCGGCUGGGUUGGAAGGCUUCUUCAAGAAUAUCGGAGGUACCGUGCAAGAUUGCUGGCAAGAUUCUGGAAAGCCGAACGUCGGGGAUGGGUGGGAGAAAAAGAUAUUCCGGCAAUCUCAGGACGCAUACGGCACUAUAGACGUCAGUCAGCGCGACAGGCUGACACGACGGGUGUUGGAAGUAUUGAGAGAGGGAAAGAACAAGGGUGCGAAUACUUCAGAAGAUUGAAUAACUCAGUCCCAAUUAGAGAAACACAAAUCAGCGCUGAGCAAAUUGCGUAACAAUCAAUGAAGAGACCUCUAAAUCUACCACGUACUAGUACGUCUAAACGAUUAGGUACAGGCUGGUGAUGACACUGGGUCCAAUGAAGAGACCAAACCAAAAGAUGAUGUUCCCCAACGUAUCCCGUCCUUUCAUAAACUUCGUCUUGCUAAACGCCGCCAAUGGUAGUUGUGUCAACUGGAAUGUGAACAGAUACCCUCUGACCUUCUUGAACAAACAGAACAUAAGGACCUCAUGCACGAUAGC